AUGCCUGCUUCAUCUGCCUCCGUUGGACAGCCUUCAGUACUGUCUGAGCGUCGAAAUUGGAGAAGGUUAUCAGGCUUAUCUGUUUCCUCCCCCGUCGAGGCUGACUCGCCCGCCGACCAAGGGCAGCCUAGUGCGAUCACAGAAGAGAUCAGAGAGAUCAAGCGAUAUGAGGACUUUACGACCAUUGAUUGGGUUCAGGAUGCGAUUCAGGAUCAAGCGCGACGAAGAGCGAAACGCCGAGAUGGAUCGGGAUUCUGGGAUCAGGAAGGCGCAUUUGGUUGGAGGCGCAAAGUGCGCGAGUCCUACGACGCUGGACAAGCCUGGCUCGUUAUAACGCUCGUUGGCGCGGCGAUUGGCAUGAUUUCGGCAGUUCUCAAUAUUAUUACAGAGUGGUUGUCAGAUGUCAAGCUGGGAUAUUGUACCACUGCAUUCUACCUUAAUGAGCAGUUCUGCUGUUGGGGUGCUGAGGGAGGUUGCCCGGAAUGGAAGCCAUGGACCUCUUUCUGGCUAAUCAACUAUUUCGUAUACUUCUUUUUUGCGAUCUUAUUCGCCUGCAUCGCUGCGACCUUGGUCAAGUCAUUUGCUCCAUACGCUGCAGGCUCUGGUAUCUCAGAGAUCAAAUGCAUUAUCGCCGGAUUCGUCAUGAAGGGCUUCCUUGGUGCCUGGACACUUCUAAUCAAGUCGAUUGCGCUUCCCUUGGCCAUCGCAUCUGGGCUCUCGGUGGGUAAAGAAGGGCCCAGUGUGCACUUUGCCGUGUGCACGGGCAAUGUUAUCUCGCGAUUCUUCAGCAAAUACAAACAGAAUGCUGCGAAGACGAGGGAAGUGCUAACCGCGACGGCGGCGGCCGGUGUGGCAGUCGCCUUUGGCAGCCCUAUUGGGGGGGUUUUGUUUUCGCUAGAGGAAAUGGCGUCUUAUUUUCCACUGAAGACACUAUGGCGAAGCUACUUUUGUGCCUUGGUUGCCACUGGAGUGUUAGCGGUGAUGAAUCCUUUCAGAACCGGACAGCUAGUCAUGUUUCAGGUGCAGUAUGACCGCACCUGGCAUUUUUUCGAAUUGAUUUUCUUUGUGCUCCUCGGGAUAUUCGGCGGACUGUACGGAGCAUUUGUAAUCAAAUGGAAUCUCCGCGUCCAGGCGUUCAGGAAGAAGUAUCUUGCGGAAUAUCCCAUAAUCGAAUCGGUUGUCCUGGCAGGCCUAACCGCAUUUAUUUGCUACCCGAACAUGUUUUUGAAGAUCAACAUGACGGAGAUGAUGGAAAUACUGUUUCGAGAAUGUGAAGGCGGCCACGAUUAUCAUGGGCUCUGCGAGUCCAAGAAUCGGUGGAUGACGGUCAUAUCAUUAGCUAUUGCUACGAUUUUGCGGAUUCUGCUGGUUAUCAUAUCUUAUGGUUGCAAAGUGCCCGCUGGCAUUUUCGUCCCGUCAAUGGCCAUCGGGGCUUCUUUUGGGCGUCUGGUGGGAAUCAUUGUCCAGGCCUUGUAUGAAGCCUUUCCUAAUUCCGCAUUUUUCUCCUCUUGCCAGCCAGAUGUUCCCUGCAUCACUCCAGGGACCUAUGCAUUCUUGGGUGCUGGAGCAGCUCUCAGUGGGAUCAUGCACCUUACGAUCUCUGUGGUCGUGAUAAUGUUUGAAUUGACAGGAGCUCUUACUUAUAUCUUACCGACGAUGAUUGUGGUGGGUAUCACCAAGGCUGUUAGCGAUCGCUUUGGAAGCGGGGGUAUUGCAGACCGGAUGAUCUGGUCAAAUGGCUUUCCGUUCCUAGACACCAAAGAAGAGCACGUCUUCAACGUGCCGGUUUCGCAAGCCAUGACCCCCGACCCUGUCUCACUCCCGGCUUCGGACUUUCCCGUUCGUGAAGCGGAACAUCUCCUGAAUGACAACAGAUUCCAGGGCUUCCCUGUUGUCGAAGAUCGCUCAAGCAAGAUUUUAGUUGGUUACAUUGGCCGCACCGAGCUUCGAUACGCUAUUGACCGGGCACGGGGGCAGGGGCUGUUGGCACCUAAUGCUCGAUGUGUAUUCACUAAAGAGGCCGCAGAAGCUGCGGUAGCUCGGAGGGCGUCUGUUUCGAGAAGCCACUUGGCCCCUGAGACAUUUGAUGCCAUCCAGACGAGCGUUGGGACACCUUUUGUGGACUUCAGCCGGUAUGUCGACCACACACCGCUGACGGUGCAUCCCCGCCUUGCCCUUGAGACUGUGAUGGAGAUUUUCAAGAAAAUGGGGCCGCGAGUCAUCUUGGUUGAGCACAAAGGCCGGGUGAUGGGACUUGUCACCGUCAAGGAUUGUCUGAAGUAUCAAUUCAAGGUUGAGGCAGAGGAGCAAGCUCUCGCAUCAACCAAUUCUGCCGCAGAUCUUCCACUCGGAGCCCAUCUGCAUGGAAACCAAAGCGAUUCGCUGGAGGAGCGAGUGUGGCGCUUCUUGCAAAGUGUGGGAUCAAAAUUGCCCCGAUGGCGGCGAGCACCACACGAUCAUAGACCAACAACUCAGGAUGGCCGAGAGCCAAGCGGCAUCUUGAGUGGGACGGAGGACGAAGAUGCUAUCGUGGAGUUGACGGAAAGGCAUUAA